AUGAGUCUAAUGCGUGCUUAUGUGAGAGUUAAAUACGAAAUCUAUUUGGAUACUUCUAGUGAUGAAGAAGAAAAAGCUUUGUUAAUGUUUACACAAUUGUAUUUGGAUGAACGGAUGUGUAUUAUUCGACAACCGAUACCUAGGGAGGUGCAGACACGUAGUGUAAGUAACCGAGAUCGAGUGUGGCACGAUGCGAAAAUGAUGAAUGAUUAUUUUACACCUGGAACUGUGGAUCCAAAAUGGCAACAACGUCCGGAUGCAACUGGUACUAUGGGUCAUUCUCCGCAUAUGAAAUUAGUUGCCAUGAUGAAAUGUUUGUGCAAAAGUACGGCAACUGAUAGUGUUGAUGAUUACAUUCGUAUGGGCGCCACGACAAUGCACUAUUAUCUAAAAAGAUUUUGCCACACUAUUUGCAUGACUUUUGGAGAAAGAUAUUUACGUGAACCCACUCCUGAAGAUGUCCAGAGGUUGCUAGCUGAAAAUAUCGAACGAUGGUUUCCAGGAAUGCUUGGUAGUAUGCAAUGUCCAUGGAAGAAUUGUCUGAUAGCUUGGCAAGGAACUUAUCGGGGUAAAGAGAAACAUAGUUAUAUGGUAUUAGAGGCGGUGACUUCAUACGAUUUGUGGUUUUGGCAUGUUUUUUUUGGAAUGCAUGGAUCAAACAACGAUUUGAAUAUGUUGGCACACUCACUCCUUUUUGAUAACAUGAUAAAGGGUGUAGCACCUCCAUGCAAUUAUGUCAUCAACGGUCACCAAUACAAUAUGGGUUGUUUCUUAUCUGAUGGUAUCUAUCCAAAGUUGACUACAAUUGUACAAUCUUUCAGUCAGACAUUGGACAUUCCCGACUAUGUAAGAUUUAACAAGUAUCAAAUAGAUAAAAGAAAGUAUGUCGAGCGUGAUUUUGGAGUGCUUCAAGGUAAAUUUAGAAUUGUCUGA